AUGGACCCGCGCGCGGGUUCAGUCUUGCCCCGCGCCCAGGCUCGGGCCCGGCCGUCGCCUCGGGAGGCGCGGCCGCCGGCGAGCUUCGAGGACGAGCUCUACGACUGCCUGGACUACUUCUACCUGCGCGACUUCCCGGCCUGCGGGGCUGGGCGCAGCAAAGGCCGAACGCGGCGCGAGCGCGAGCUGCGCACCAACCGGCAGGUGCCCGGCGGCCACGAGCGCAAGAUCGCGCAGAAGCUCCUCAACGGCCAGCGCAAGCGGCGCCAGCGCCAGCUGCAGACCCGGCCGCGCACUCGCCUCGCCUGA